AUGACCUCCACCUCCAAGUGGUUCGGAGGGGCGCCCUUCGGGGUGCAGAGCCACAGGUUUGAUGUCUCUGGUAUUUAUCCCCAAAGAAAGAAACUCAGCACCUUCACAGAGGUUCCCUACUCCAGACACUAUUGUGUGGAAUUGUCCCAUAUAGGACCUGGGGCCUACAACUCCACAGAGACCUGCUUCAGCAAAAGGAAGCUGAAGAAGGAAAUGGGUACAGGCUGGGCCCGGGCCCUGGAGGCUACCAGGCUGACCAAGUUGCCUCACUUCCAAUAUCAGGCCAUCAUGAAAGAGAGACAUAACCAGGAGAAAAACCUAGGACCUGGCUGCUACAACUUCAAAGACUUCUUACAAGAGCUACAGCAGAAACCAUGUAGCACUCGGGGGCUUCUCAGCUCUGGGGAGAUCCGCUUCCGAGGCCUCAUUGGGAACUUCUACCCUGGCCCUGGGAAUUAUGGGGAGAAGGGCAACCCAUAUACGCGGCUGGAAGAAAACGCCUGGAACCGAUCACAUUCCGAGGGCCUCAUGUGCAGGAUGUCCAACAAGCCACCCCCCAUGGAUAACCAGGGAAGUGGUCUGGGACCUGACACCUACACCGUCAAAGAUGGCAUCAAGUCAUUCCUGGAAAAAACUACCAGCACCCGUGGCCCUUAUGACAUCUUCUCUGGUGACAGAAGCAAGCCUUUGCCUUAUGGACAUUACUCUGUGCAGAAAAAAAAGCCAAUGGAACCCACAAAUUUCAAGAGCUUCCUGGAAGAUCUUAACUCAGGUCCCCAUAAGAAGCAUGGGAUUUUUUCGAAAUUGCCUCGUUACCCGAAAACCCCAACAGAGAGGAUUUAUUGGACUACCAUUAGCCAGUGCCCUCGAAAUCCAGCCACAUCUGGCCCUGGUUUCUGGCUCCCUCGAGAAACAACAAUGAAGCAUGUCAAUCCACCACCAUUCCUUCUGGCUGCUAAGCGGUCAAAGGCUACCAUGAUGGUUAUGGGAGGUUGGAACCCAGUGGCAGUGGGGCGCUACCUCAACACCACGCUGAUGGAGAGCAAGGACAGGAGGCAGCGAUAUCGGUCCUUGUACAUGACUCCAGCUAAGCGCUACCCUUUCAACCCGGUCCGUGACAACAUCUUGAAGGAAAGGAUCACACCUUUUACGAAGGGCAAGUGUCGUCCGACUGUGGAUCAUAGUUCAGAUCCUGCUCCUUAAAGCUACGUGGGAAGGACAGUUAUGGUGACCAGAAGGCCCCAAGCCUGAAGAUAAAUCUGGAGGCAGGAAGAUGGGAGUAGGAAAAGGGGGUCUUGAAGGAAAGACUAUGAGACUGCCUGGGAGAGGUGGGAGGGGUCACCUUGGCUGCAGCCAUGUGCCUACAUCACAGUACCUAUUGGGACAGCCAGGGCCAGGUACUUUUUGUUAAAAGAGAUCAAGUGUCCUGAGACUUCUAGUUGGGGACAUAAAUGUAGGAGUUAGACAGCAGGUGGACCAUGGGGUUGAAUGUGGGUGACUCCCUAGAACCCCAGCUAUUCAAAGCCAGAGUGCUAGCACUUAUUAAAGUCCAGAGGGGGGUAGCAGAGUAUGGCAUAAGUCACAGGGCAGCCUUAGGCCCUCUAGGUUAUAUAGCCAUUCCAGGAUGUUUCUGGAAGCUCAUCAGGGCCUCAUAUUAGGAGGAGACUGCUGACUACCAGGUAGUGUCCAGCCAUAGGGACCAAACCAGCUGCAACCAAGUCAGGCCUGGCAGU